CAUUUGACAAGUUAAAGUAUAAAUUGAUAAAUAUGAAUCAUAAAAACUCAAUUAGUUGUCCUAAUCGUUGGUUACCAAUAAAAUUUUAAAUACUGCAGUGUAGACGCUUGCACCUAGAAAUAAAAUUGUUUAAUUUAUUCAGGACAUUUAAACUAACAAUAGACGUAAGAAUAUGUGUUCCGUGGUGUUCUUGAGUGUAGAUGUGUUGGUGUGUGUAAUAGUGCAUGUUACUCGAUCCGGUCUUAUAACAAUGCUUUGUAGUAUUUAAAGGAUUUUGAAUACGAAAUACAAGGUGAAUGUACCGAGAUUUUAAGGAUAAAUCAUUGAAAUGCACAUCUUGGGGUUGGAAGUGGAGAGUUCAGUGAAAUGGGUUUGAAUUUUAAGAUAGUUCAGCAUGUCCAGUAGUGAAGAGAAAAAGGCACCUCCAGAAAAUGAACCAGUAUCUACACCACAGUUGAAUAGCGAGAUUAAUGAAGUAUUGAUACCUAAUGAAAGGGCCAUUGAGAAAGAAUUUAUUCCCCCCGACGGUGGCUGGGGUUGGGUUGUUUGCGUUACGUCCCUCUUGACAAAUGGUACAACUUUCAGCAUGCUCAACACUUUUGGCAUAAUAUACGUGUAUCUAAUCAAGGAAUAUGCCAGGGGAGAUCAUUCAGUUGCUUUCAAAACAUCAUGGGUAGGAUCAGUCUGUAUAGGUGUAACAUUUUUGAUGAGCACGUUUGCCGGUAUAUGCAAUGACCACAUAGGAAUCCGACCAACAGCAUUUUUUGGAGCUUGCUUAGGGAUGAUCGGCCUCUUCUCUAGUGCUUUUAUCACACAACUGGAGCUCCUAUACCUUACGUAUGGCCUCCUCCUCGGGAUUGGUGGAGGCUUUAUUUAUUCAACCUCUUUGGUCAUUCUUGGACACUACUUCGUAAAGCAUAUGGGUAUUGUGAAUGGAAUCGUGACGUUUGGAAGCUCAGUCUACACAAUAGUUUUGUCUGUUAUUCUGCCAAUUGUUCUGGAAUCGUUUGGAAUCAAAUAUACUUUUCUUUUUCUUGGAGGGUUAUAUUGUAUCCUUUUACCAUGUAGUCUAACUUGGAAGCCAUUGUUCCACACAGGAAGAAACAAGACCUUUCAGUUAAAACUGAAAGGCGGCUUUCAAUACCUUUCAGUCACCAUUCAGCGGACACAUUUCCGUCAACUUGAAGAGAAAAAGAUUCAACUGAAUGAGAAAGGGUUAUAUUGUAUCCUUUUACCAUGUAGUCUAACUUGGAAGCCAUUGUUCCAAAGAGAGACUAGAAUUUCUCGUGUAGAUACAAACGAAAGAGAGCAACAUGGGGAUGGAUGUUGCAAUUGGGCAAAGAAGUACUUGAAUUUGAACAUUUUUAAAAGCCGUGCAUAUCUUACCUGGUUUUUGGGAUUCGGCAUAGCUUUAUUCGGAUACUUUGUGCCCUUUGUACAUCUAGUUAAACAUACUCAAGACGUCUUUCCCAAAUCCAAUGCAUUUAUUCUGAUCACUUGCAUGCAAGUUACUUCGGGUGUUGGAAGAUUAGUGUUUGGAAAAAUAGCUGACUUGAAAUUUAUAAAUCGAAUUUACAUGCAGCAAUGUGCUUUCGUAGUGACAGGCUUCGUAACAGCAUGUAUUCCAUUUAGUGCCAGUUUUGAAGGACUAGUGGCUAUUUGUCUCAUUAUGGGCAUUUGUGACGGAAUAAGUGUAUGUUUAUUAGGUCCUAUUGCCUUUGACCUUGUUGGUCCGCAAAAUGCUUCACAGGCUAUUGGAUUCAUGUUAGGUGGAUUUUCUAUUCCGUUUACUGUUGGCCCUCCUAUUGCAGGUUUGCUCUACGAUCAUCUACACACAUAUGACAUAGCAUUUGUCACUGCCGGUGCCCCGCCCAUAAUUGGCGCGAUUGUUAUGUGUUUCAUCCCAAGAAAGGCAAGAUUUUAA